GUUAAGACGUUUGUUGUGAGUUGUGUUCUUGCUUUGGGAGGAACUAAUGCUUAUGGACAGCAAUUAGCUGAUAUAAUUGUAUUUGCCGAUAAGAAUGGUUUUUACAAGCAGGGUUUAACAAGACUUGAAAAGUAUUUAUCGGAAAGUGGGAAAGCUGAGCCAUUACUUGUUCGUGAAAAUGUUGUUUCUGUUCACUACGAUGGGAAUGGUGCGCCUGGAGUUGUUGUUGGAAAUCUCUGCAUCAAUAAAGCUAUGAAUAUGGCUAGUAACUAUGGAUAUGGAAUUGUUACAGUUGAGAACUGUAAAGAUAUUGGCACUGCACAGUUUUACACAGAUAUUUUGGCCACGAAUGGAAUGACAGGAUUCGUUUUUUCUGGUGAUGACGGUCCUCUAAGUGUUGCAACAAUCGAUAAAUCUUUUGAAUUUUUAAAUAUCACUCCAGAAUGCCGUGUUAUUUUGUCUUGCUUUGCUACAAUCUCGCACAAAUUCUUCUUUGCCAAGUCUCCUAAUCACGAAUGUUUUCUGGACGCUUUGACUUUGUCUAAUGAUGCCAUUGUUAUUACAAAACAACGAAAGCAGGUUUAUCAACAGAAAUUUGAUGAUAUGAAGGGGUUGUGUUAUUUGAAAGAAAAUAUUGCUAAGAUGAACGAAUAUGCUAUUAAGCGUGGAAUACAUCCAGACAACUUGUUGGAGGCUCUUACAGGAGCGAGUGUUAGUGGUUCGACUUAA